AUGGCAAUUUUUAACUUCAGCAUCUCUGACCCUUCAACAUUCACCCUAACAGGAAUCCCUGGCUUGGAAGCUGCCCAUGUCUGGAUUUCCAUCCCUUACUGUGCAAUCUACAUUAUUGGCUUGUUGGGAAAUGUCACACUUCUGUUUAUUGUAAGCAAAGAGCAGUCCCUACACAAGCCAAUGUUCCUGCUGCUCUGCAUGCUGGCACUCACCGACAUCGGCACCACAACCUCCGUCGUACCAAAGGCCCUGUGUAUAUUUUGGUUCAAUUGGCAAGGCAUUACUGUGGCUGGCUGCCUCACCCAGAUGUUCUUCCUUCAUACAGGCUCUAUGAUGCACUCAGCCGUCCUUGUGGCAAUGGCCUUCAAUCGCUACAUUGCCAUAUGUAACCCUCUGAGAUAUGCCACUAUUCUAACUAAUGCACGCAUAGCUAAGCUUGGGCUAAUGGGUUUGUUAAUACCGACUGUCUUAAUUCUUCCCUUGCCCCUGCUCUUGAAUAGGCAGUCAUUUUGUGCCAAUGUUAUCAUCCCCCACACCUACUGUGACCACAUGGCUGUAGCGAAGAUGUCAUGUGGAGACAUCACUGUCAACAGCAUAUAUGGCUUAGUGGUAGCAUUUGUAGUUAUUGGGUUAGACCUCAUGCUCAUUGCUCUGUCUUAUGGUCUGAUCAUCAAAGAUGUCCUCAAGAUCUCCUCCAGGAAAGCCCAUCAGAAAGCCCUCAACACCUGCACUGCCCACGUCUGUGUCAUUCUGAUGUCUUACCCUUCCUUCUUCUUCUCCACUCUCACGUACCGGUUUGGUCAGGGCAUCGCUCCCCAUGUGCACAUCAUCUUGGCCAACCUCUAUUUGCUUCUUCCUCCCAUGUUUGAUCCCAUCAUUUAUGGGGUCAAAACCAAAGAGCUCCGUGAGAAAGUGGGCAAAUACACCUGCAGAAUGAUCGCCUGGGGCCACUGA